CGAAUGCUAUUAAUCCCAUUAAUCCGUUCUGUAUCACGAAAUUACAACAGAUUUAUAAAUAAAACUGGUAUAAAUACUUACUCGAUCGUAGAAAAAAAAUAUACUUCUAUAUUUAUUUCUCGCCUGUUGAAUCGCAUUCUUUAACCAACUUUAUGCUAUAACGUUCCUUUUAUUUUACGAAUCAUUAUAGAGAAUAUAUAUAUCGAUAUAACAUAAUAUAGUAUAUAUAUACAUAUAUUUAUAUAUAUAUUCGACUUGCAACAUUGCAUCGCGGAUAAAAACUAUAUAAUAAAACUAUGAAUGUAUAAAAGUUAAGACCAUUAUUAUUUAAAUUGUACUUAUACAUAAUAUAAUGCAAAUGCAACUCACGAUACUAUUACAAUAAUGAAUAUGUAUGUACCGAAGGGUAAACUCUGUACGAAAUAACUCGAUUCGAGGGCGUACGACGGAUAUCGAUAUUUUUACGCAAGUCGUAAGUAACAAUCGAAACUAUACGUCCAACGAUAGUUAUGAUAUAAGGAUAUAUAUCUAUACCCUUUUCGAAUUUGUCCCUCUAUACUUUCGAUAAUUGUUGUCGGUUGCGAUAAGGUCUAAUCGAAUAAAAAAGAAAAAAAGAAAAAAAAGAUACACGUAAAGAUUUUUUUUCUUUUUCUGACAUCGACAAUGCGCAUACUGCGAUGGACGUUUCUCUUGUUCGCGUUAUGCGGUUGCUUCCCACCCUCGUCGUGGACAACGCGUCUCAAAAGAUACUUGUACAAGAUUUACGCGGUAUUUUCGUUCAUAGCGUUGAACAGUUUCUUGCUUGCACAAAUAUUGGAUAUGGUGUACAAUGUAAAAGACACGGACGAUUUCAGUGACAAUUUCUCGGUAACUGUAGUAGUAUUCGUCACAUGUUUCAAACUGAUCACUAUACUUAUACGCCGUGAGAACAUUCUACUUUUGUGCAACACCCUAAAGCAGGAGCCACUUUCGCCGAUAAACACGGAAGAAUUUGAAAUUUUCUUGAAAUUCGAAAAGCUCACCGAUUGGAACACGCUUGGUUACUUCGUCCUACUUAUGUCUUCUUCGUUGUGUAUACUGAUGGGAUCGCUUCUCGCAAAUUUCAAGAUCAGAAAAUUAGCGUUUCGAACGUGGCUGCCUUACGAUUAUUCGACCGCAUCUGCAUUUCUGCUUGCCUUCGCUUACCAAAUUGUGGUUGCAACGGUAUGCACCUUCGCGUGCGUCGCCAGCGAUACUUUGUACAGUGGCCUGUUGAUACAUAUUAGCUGCCAAUUCGAAAUACUGGAGCAUCGUCUGAAAAACAUUGGAUCGGAUAAAAAUUAUAAUAUGAAACAGUGUGUUCGUCAUCAUAAUCACAUAUACAAGUUAGUUUGUCAAUUUAUAGUGAAUUUUCAUUAAGCAAUAUAUAUAUACUAUAUAUUGGAACUUUGCAGAUAUGGAGAGAUGGUGAACGAUGCAUUUCAAUCGAUCAUGUUCUUUCAAUUCUGCACGAGUCUGUCAAUGAUCUGUUUCAAUUUCUAUCGAAUAAUGCAAAUAGAAAUGGAUUCAAGAUACAUAGGUACACUCCUCUACAUGGUGUGCUCGUUAAUGCAGAUAUUUUAUUACUGUUGGUUCAGCAACGAAGUCAAGCUCAAGAGUUUGGAACUUUCCGAUAUGAUAUUCAGAAGCAAUUGGACAUCGUUGAAUAGCAACGUUCAGAGGGCCAUUCUAUUGGUAAUGAGGCGUUCAAUGAAACCCAUUGAAUUUACCAGCAUUUACAUUGUAUCCGUGAAUCUUGAUUCCUUCAUGACAUUAUUGAAAAGUUCAUAUUCAGCGUUCAGUGUGUUGCAACAGAGCCGAGAAUCGUAAAAACGAGCAAGAAAAUUUGCUCAACGUAGAGCCGUCUUUCUUCGAUUCUUCCUGGUGG